AUGUCGGCACCUGGAAAUUUUAGAGACAGGCGUAGAGACGACUGGUUUGAUCCACGUGCCGUUAGUUUAGCUAAUAUGGAGCAAGAGAGAGAUUUGUUGGAACGCUCUCGUUUUCGUGAUCGCCGUGAAUAUUACGAUUCACGUUUCCAGGAAAGGGAACGGUCGCCCUUGCGCACAGCGCCGAGUGAUUUUUAUCGUGACCGACCUUACUUUGCCCCCAUUCAUGGUCGUUAUGAUCAAGAUUAUGGCAGAAUUGGACCGGUUUACGGUUUUGACCAACAGGAUCUGUACGCUCAAGAUGGUGGUAGAGGUGUAUGGAGCGGUAGGGCAAGAUUCGGUUCGCGUCGAGACAGUUUUGAGGCAGUCUACGACCAGGUAGAUGAUAGGCGAUACAGCGAAAGGGAUCGUGAUCCCCGUCGGGAUAUUGAGGAACACGGUUGUUCGCCAAUAUUCAGUGGGCAUGGCGUGGACUACGGGCGACCACAAGAAGAGGACGAGGUGGAGGAAGUAGUUAUAGAUGAUCAUGAAGAUCAAGAUCGUCUACAAAAGUUCUUUAACCGUCCUUGGCGGCCAAGCAACCGAAGACCAGAAAGUUUGGCUGGACCGUCAGCGGCCGAGUCACCGGCACGAUCCGUUUCGCCAGGACCAGGCCCAUCAAAAGCUCAAACCCCGGAGCCAAGCAGUCAGCUAGCGAGUGUUAGUGUCGAGCCUACGCCAUUGAUCGUACCACAAGAAGUAAGUGAAGCGCUAUCGAACUGGUUGACGAAGGGCGUGUCAACGGACGAGUCCAAGGCUAUUUCCAAGAGGACUCCGCUAGAAUUCGCAGAUAAAGAGUUUUCGUUGAAACCCCCGAAACUUGAUGGUUACAUGUACAGGCGGGCAAAAGACAAAGGGAAGCUGAAAGCAGUGAAUGCAUCAGAAGAAGCGCUGAUCACGACACAGCUGAAGAUUAUGGACAUAGGUGCACCACUUAUUGAUCUGUAUACCCGCAUUCUUUCGCUCGGUGAGGGAGAAACGGAGAGAAAAGCCCAGGACUUGGUGCAAGAUGCAUUACGGCAGUGGUCACGUGCUUAUCACCACGUUACUCGUCAGAGAAGACGAUCGGUGGUUGGUUUAGUGGAACCGAGUUUUGAUUUUUUGACGGCCGAUCCUGAUGCGUUCGCGCCCGGAAAGGAGGCUCGCGAGCUCCUUUUUACGGGAAAGUUCCUAGAGUCGAUGCUUAAAGAGGCAUCACAGGACGCAACACUGGCAAGAACCUCAAGGACCAAAACGAGUUUCAGGUCAAGAGGAAAUGGGUCAGCAGACCAUUUUCAGUCAGCAUCGCGCCACCCCUUCGUGUUACGUCCAAGGAAGACUAGAGAGCAGCUACCGCAAAGAACUGCAAGUGAAAGGGGACGACCGGCAGGAGCCAGUUCAUGGUUGCGAGGGGGGCAAAGGUACGUUUUUAUUCCCCACUGUAUGUCUCCCAAAUACCCGUCAGAAGAGCAUGUGGGUGCUAGGUUAAUAGCUUUUGCGGGUCGUUGGAAAGGGAUAACAGACGAUCGAUGGAUUUUGGAGAGUGUAGCGCAUGGUGUAAAGCUUGAUUUCGUUUCUUCACCUACUCAGGAUAAAAUUCCGUCUCCCGUUAUCAUGUCUAGGGAAAUGAUCGCCGUAGGUGACAAAGAGGUGGGGGAUCUUGUAAGAAAACGGGCGGUCAGAGAAAUCACAGACGGGUCGGGGGGAUUCGUGUGUUCGUUGUUUUUAAUUCCCAAAAAGUCGGGAGGGUUUAGGCCUAUAGUUAAUUUAAAGCCUUUAAACCAGUUCAUUCGAUAUGAGCACUUUAAGAUGGAGAAUUUGGAAUCGGCGCGGUUUCUUUUGAGAAAAGGGGAUUGGAUGGUGAAACUGGAUUUGAAGGACGCCUACCUUACCGUACCCGUUUGCCCAUCUCAUCAAAAGUUUUUGCGUUUUCAGUGGAAGGGGCGUUUAUUUCAAUUUACAUGUCUGGCCUUUGGUCUCGCACCAGCGCCAAGAAUUUUCACAAAAAUUCUCAAGGUCGUAGUGGGUUUCUUGAGAAAAAAAGGUUUAAGGCUUAUCAUAUAUUUGGAUGACAUUUUGAUUUUGAAUGUAUCUGAAGAGCGCACGUUAAGGGACGUUAAGGUAACUAUCCGUUUACUAAAACAGCUAGGUUUUUUGAUAAAUUGGGGGAAAUCCGUGCUGGUCCCUACUCAAAAGUUGGAAUAUCUGGGGCUCGUAAUAGACUCGGUUCGAUUGUCCUUUGCCUUACCCAACGCCAAGGUAACGGCAGUCAAGAAAAUGUGCGAGACGGCGCUUGCGGCGAGAUCGACUUCAUUGAGAGAAGUAGCGUCGCUCAUGGGCAAUUUUACUUGGGCGAUCCCAGCGAUCCCUUUUGCACAGUCGCAUUACCGUAGACUUCAGCGAUUCUACAUUCGACUGGCUCAAGCGGCCAAUUUCAAUUUGAAAAGUAGAUGCUUACUUUCGGAGGAAGCGCGGAAGGAUCUGGAAUGGUGGGUGAAUAAUCUGAGCAAAGCGCAAGAUAAGGUCUUCUUUCCUAACACCCCAGAUCUAGAGAUUUAUACUGAUGCGUCGCUAUCAGGGUGGGGUGCAUGCUGUAAUGAGGUAUAGACACGAGGUUCAUGGACGUUAUCAGAUUCAAGAAAACAUAUAAAUGAGCUGGAAUUAUUGGCGGCGUAUUUUGCGGUACAGGCGUUUGCGGCUGUUUCUAAAAAAAUCUCAAUUCGGGUUUAUUUGGAUAACUCCACAGCGGUAGCCUAUAUUAAUCACGGUGGGGGUUCUCGUUCUCAAGCGCUAACUGAAAUAUCGUCUCAACUUACAACUUGGUGUGAGGAUCGCAGCAUAUCACUGGAAGCGGUUCAUUUAGCAGGCAAGUUAAAUUCAAUUGCUGACGCAGAAUCACGGGCCGGGCCGGAUUCCGGCGAUUGGAAGUUGGAUCCGCUUGUGUUCAAUCGUAUUCAAGAUCUAUGGCCGUCAGUCGUUGACGCUUUUGCGACACCGUGGAACGCGCAACUGCCAUCAUUUAUUUCCUGGCAUCCGCAGCCGGGUGCGAUGGCAACAAACGCUUUUUCGGUUAAUUGGGAAGGGUUAUUUGUCUAUUGUUUUCCCCCAUUUGCCUUAAUUUUCAAAUGCCUCGAUAAGAUCAGACGCGAAAAGGCAUUAGUUGUUUUCGUUUGUCCAGUUUGGAUAGGCCAGCCAUGGUUCCCAUUAUUGCUGGAGCUUUCUUGCGACGUUCCUCGUCUUCUUGUGCCGUC